UUCACUGUUCAUUGUCUUUCUCUGGCGAUCGAGAGAGAGAGAGAGGGAGUGAUGUCGAACACCUCGUCGUCUUCUUCUGAAGGUGGAGGGGACGAAGGCAGCGGUCCUUCAAGUCCUGCUCCACGGCGCAACGGUGAGCCUUCAUCAUCUCGGCGCCGCUCAGCUGAAGCUGUGUGGCCGGAGCACUUCGUCGAAGCUGUGGCUAUACGUGUCGCCUCCGACGCUGCUGCAUCCGCUGGCCGGCUUGCGGCCGCUCCCGCUCUUGCUUCCUUCUUUCAGGUAUGUUCCACGUGGAGAGCAGUUUCCCGCUCGGAGCUACUAUGGCGGGAAGUCAGUCAUUUGGUCUUCAACCGCCACCGGCCACUCCGUCCAUCCUGGCGUGAAGAGUUCGUGCGCCUCCACCGCACAGCUCGCAACUUCCGGCUCCGCCGCAACGCACACCACCACGUCCUUCCUCCAUCCAGCGAGCACUGCACCCGCCUCGCGGUAUCCGACGAUCGUUUGGCCGCCGGCUUUCUGGAUGGUUCUGUUGCCCUCUUUGAUCUCCCGACAUGCCAACUCCUAAUCACGUAUCCCCCUAACCUCACCCGUGAGCGUCUCGGCCGUUUCUCACAAUCCAUCUCCGGUGUAAUCCUCCUCUUGGACCGCCUCGUUUUCGCUUCUCAAGAUGGCGACGUCCAUGUAGCCGACGCACUGGACCCACCUUCCUGGCCAGCCCGCCGCUCCCACGUCGGAAGUCUCAUGGAGGACGGCACUCUCGUCGACUUCUCAGGGGACAAUAUACGGUGGGUGGGCCUUUACGCCGGCGUGCCCGGCCGAUCGUUUCGUAUCUGGAACAGUGAAAAUGAGCAUGUUUUGUUCGUUGGUGGGUCAUUGACUGAUCCUGACUCAGUCGCCGGCUGGCACCUGUUGACGGACUUGGCCGGUCCGAGCUUAGGCCGUGCUCGGGUCGGUCAACCAGGCACAGUAAUGGUGGCUUGCACCGGCUCAAGACUGCAAGCAAUUGAUGAUACUGGAGACGUGCUAAAUGAGGUUGGGUUUGGACGUGAGGCAGUUGUUGACUGUGUGGAUGCAUGCGAAGGGAGUGUACUAGUGGUUGACGUGAGGGGUACCGCACGUGUGCGGCAGGCGCACACGUUGGAAGAGUUGUGUAGGUUCAACACAGUGCGGAGGCGUGAUGCUUCCCUACCUGGCGCGGUUACUGGCUGCAUGAACUGGGGUUACGUACUGUUGUGCUUUGGCGAUGGUGUUAUUAGAGUUUGGGAUGCUGCCACCGGUGAGUUCUUGUAUAGAUUCCGUGAGAGGAUUGGAGAGGCCGGCGUUGUCGUUGCCAGUUACCGGCAUGUUGCGGCCUGGUCUCGUGGCACUGGGUUACACCUCUGGGAUUUUGGAGAUGAUCUUUUUGAUUGACUUGACUGGGUAUGAUCGAACCAAGUUCUUUAUAUAUUUUUAUCGCUCCAGUCUGCAGAUCAUAUGACUCGGUAUUGAACCACAAAGCAUUAAUUGGAGGUUGUUUUUUUUUUUGGUAUGCUUCUUUGUUUGUUUAUUUUUGGGUAUUGGUAAUGCUUUGUUAGAGUUCCCAUGCAAUUUGACCGAUGGUGGCGGGAAUGGUGGGUACAGAUCUUAUUAUUAAGUCAUUAGUAGUUUAUUAAUCCUGUUUAAUUACUGAGAGAGCAAGAAGUCUUGGUCUGUGUUGUUUAUUAUCUAUUGUUAUGAUUGGAGGAGAUAUUAGAGCAUUGAUCAA